GUUUUAAUGAGUUUUCUUCAUUCCAGUGAAUUAUUGUCAUACUUUUCGUCUUACGUAAUGUGAGAAUAUAUACAUAUGAAUAUUAACAUAUUGGUUGGAGUUACAAAGAGAAACUAUUAUCCAUGGAUAAUUGUGGAUAUCCGAAACCCGAACAGGUAUGAGCAUGAUUUUGAUUUUCUACCCAUAUGGGUAAAACCCGAACUACUUUGGGUAGGGUAACGGAUAUGCACUAUCCGUCCCCGACCUGACCCGUCGCCACCCCUAACGUUGACUUGACGGCGUCAUGGGGCCAGGCCGCCACGGCGUUAUAUGUCUAAUGUCUGCCGAAUUCAAAGUUAUUCGACGACGAAUCCGCCGAACGCACCUCUAGUAAUCCUCGACGUCCGACCGCAUCCGGCAGGAUGCAACAUAACGCCAACAACAAACAAACAAAAAAGUUUACGAUAUAUAUGUUUCCAACAACAAGAUACCCUCCUCAACUUUCCAUUCAAAAGUUUACGACAUAAAUGUCGAUCAGAGCCGGAGGAGUUGGUUCCCCGUCGACGGUACUACUACGACGACUACUAUGGAUACUCACCGUCACCAUCUGGUUAUUCCUCCCGGCGGCGGGGACGGCGCAAGAGGCCGUCGCUGAUCCUCUGUGCAGCACCGAGAAGCUGAAGGGCGGGGAGGCGAUCGACUACGCGAUCGUCCACCUGGUGUGGAACCUGCUGAACGCGGGGCCGAGGCUGGCGAAGGAACAACCUCCCGGGGCGAUCGCCUGUUACACGAACGUCUACGAAGGUGACGUGGGCACCGCCACGGCUUACGGUUCGGUGUCUUGUAACCUGCAGGAUGCUGGCAGCUGCGCGACCUGCCUGGACGACGCGCUCCACGCGCUGUCGGAUGCCUGUAGCGGCAGCGCCGGGGCGCAGGUCACGCUCCCGUACUGUUUCAUGAGGUUUGAGGAUUACAGAUACUGCGAUUGAUUGAUUGAUUUGGAGUUUAUAGUUAAUCAUCGCUGUUCAUGCGAUCAGAUCUGCUUCUCUUUGUUGUGUUGUGAUUUGGUUACUGUUCUGGUUGGGUGUGUGUCUGUGUGUCUAUAAUGUUAUGCAUGGCCGGUUUUGCAAUAAGCUUUUACUAGCGUGGCCCAGCCAUUUGCCCGGAGGAAUGUGAAGUAUGAAAUUUGAUAAUGUAAUGGGGUGUAUAGCUUAUUAUUGUAUAGUUUUUUGGAAAUACAUUAACCAGUUAUUAUACAUUCAACCAACUCAUUAAAUAUCCUAUGCAUCAUCAAGUCCAGACCACUUGAAGGAAACUAGCUUCAAUGCCAAAGCAGCAUAGUCCAUCAAAUUGUACCGUACCGGUGGUUGAACCACGAAAUACCAGUAUUAGAGGCUAAAUUGGUAGGCAGUAUUUAACGGUACUACGGUCGAACUAUGAUUAAACUACGAUUGUACAAUAAAAUUUCCUACCACUAACUUUAACGGUACAGUAUCCUGCUAAUCACCACCACCUCGCGCCAAUUGUCAGGUGGUUGGCUCACCGCCACCGGCGGCGGCUGGCUUAGGUGACGUAGUAAUCAAAAGUUUUGCUCUCUACUUGUCGAUGUCAUUCGGAUUCGGUAAUGGUAGUCGUGAACUCGUGAUUUGAUAAUGCAAUGGUACCUUGACAUAUGCAAGCAAAUGAGAGCUUUUUUUUCACCCAACGAAAAACAAUCGAGAGUUAGUGAACUGAUGAUAACUGUUAACAGCCGGUCAAAUUUAUCAAUCAAUCAUGACAGGUCUGAAACAGGCAAUGGCGCUCUAGGAGUGUGAGUAUGUACAACAGAAAUCGCCAUAGACCACGAUGGAGAAGAAGACCAACAGAAACAGGAGUAAAGUAGACUACAGCUAGUGGCAAAACGCAGCAUCGUACAACCGUGUGUAUAUCCUCGUGUCCAGACUCGACUCCGUCCUGCAAAUAGAGCAAAGCCUUUGAUCUCAGUUCGAGUUAUGCAACACAGGGGAAAUGUAGACGACAAUGUACAAUGCAAAGAUCAUCUCUUUACAGAAACCAAAUGCAGGACAUUAGUUGGAGAGGAGAUAACAGUCAACAACAGACAUUCAGAUGAGCAAUAAUACAAUGUUUUUUUUUUUCCCUCGACAAAGAUUAUCUUCAACAACACCUAAGUGGGGAUCGAUUUUGAGAAUAGCUAUUGUCGACAAUACAAUAAGGGAGGACUAUAUAGAAGUUCACAAGAGAAAUAGAAGCUGGUGAUAUCAAGAGCACCACAGGUUUAGUUGUCAAAUACCAAAUAUUUGGACAUGGAAGCCUCUCAUCACAGCAAAUGAAGAUAGUUUUGAAAAAUAACCCCACUUCAGUUCGAAAGGUUUUCGGUCAAGAAGCAAUUUAGAAUCAAAUCAUCAACUGUUUGCAAAGCAUCUACUAAGGCCAUCCGAGUUUCCUUCAGCAGAUGAAAGCCCUUUUAGGCUACAUAAAUUAAAAUGGUUUCAGCAGCUACACAUAACGGAUAUUGGAAAACCCCAGUUGGCCAAAUUGGUGUAAUGGCAUACUAAACAGCUAAAGACACA